AUGCAAUUAUCAGCCUUUAUAAUUGCUUCGAUGGCACUAUCCAUCCAGUACUAUGCCGACCAAUUUCGAGAAGAUGAUUUGGAGAUGACCCUGGAUGAAUUGGCGCCCGACCGGAGCCUUCCGGUUAUUAAGACGUUCGACUUUGUGAUAGUUGGAGGUGGUGCGGCUGGAUGUGUUUUGGCUGGUCGGCUGUCGGAACGUUUUAGCGUUCUUCUGUUGGAGGCUGGAGGCAACCCGGUGCCAGCUACGUACAAUCCGUACCUCAACAACAUUGUGGAAAAUCAUCCAACUAUCAACUACCUAUUCCAGGCUCAGAAUCAAAUCUAA